CCCUGUAGGAAAGUGCCGAGACAGUGAGACUCGACUCGACUCGAGCGACAGGAUAGGAUUUAUCUCUCUUUGCUCCUGCUCAGCUCUCUCCGGCCAUGGCCGCGGCCGCCUACUUCCUUCUGGCAUCCGCCGCCCCUUCCCUUCCCGCAAGGUUCCACCUCCCCGCAACCGCGACCACCCGCAGCCUCUCCAUCCCGGCCUCCUCUGCGCCCAAGACCACCACUUCUUGCAGCUUGAGCAUCAGGAGCCGCAGGCCAACCGUUCGACGGAACGCCGCAGAGACCUACGUCCCGGGCUCCGGGAAGUACAUCGCGCCGGACUACCUCGUGAAGAAGUUGUCGGCCAAGGAAGUGGAGGAGCUCGUGAGGGGGGAGCGGAAGGUGCCGCUCAUUGUGGAUUUCUAUGCUACCUGGUGCGGGCCUUGCGUUCUGAUGGCCCAGGAUAUCGAGAUGCUAGCAGUUGAAUACGAGGACAACGCCUUGUUUGUUAAGGUGGACACAGACGACGAAUAUGAAUUUGCAAGAGAUAUGCAGGUAAGAGGACUUCCGACGUUGUAUUUCUUCAGCCCAGAUCAGAGCAAGGAUGCCAUUAGGACUGAGGGGCUAAUUCCUAUUGAAAUGAUCAGAAACAUAAUUGAUAAUGAGUUGUGAAUCGUGUGUAGGCUCAUAGGCUGUAGCAGCUAUAUUUUUUAGUUCAAGCUUGUAGUUCUCAGUGUUUAGGUACAGUCCGCUGUGACUGAUUAGAGCUUUGUGUUUUACUCGUACGUUUUUGGUAUGGAAGAUCUGCAUGAGUGCCCGUCAAAAAAAAAAAAAUCUGCAUGAGUAGAAGGUAGGAUAGGGGUUCAAACAUGAGACUAACAACUACUAAUUCAGUUAUAUAUUGUACCAGUUUCGUGUUCUUUUCA